AUGAGCCAAGACUUAUCUGAUCCGUCUUCGAGGAGGAGGAGUGGAAAAAUAAUUCCAAGGCAGAUGGCUUUAACUCCUAGGUCCGAUGGAUUAAUCUCGCCCAAGUCUAAAAAUAUUAACUACGAUUUAUCAACAUCAAGCUCAAAUAGAGACCAAUCGAAUGGGUUUCCAUCAAAGUUGAGAGCUCAACUUGAAUCCGAGCGGGACUUGGAACCAAACAAUAUUUCUCAAUUGUCAACUAAUUCACUUCAUGACCACACCAAUGAGUUACGCGCUGAAGCGCCAGAUUAUAUUAAUGGAGGUCAACCUCAUAGCUUAAUCUCGCCUAGUACCAAAAAAAGAGUGGACGACGAGAUGAACCUAAACCGACAGGCGGAAUCAAAAAAGUCACAUCCUUCUAUAUUUGAAGAAUCUGCCGGAAUAUCAACACCACCUGAUCGGAGAAGUGUUCAGUUUGCACGAUCAGAGCAAAUACUGGAGCAAAUAGGGCAUAGCCGUAACAAUUCCUGGGAAGAUGGUGAAUCAUCAAGUAAAGAUCGCAAGAGAUUGUCUUUAAUUUCGAGAUUAAAAUCUAUAACUUCUUCUGGAAACCUUCAAGGUCAUACACAGCAAAAUAGUAUCUCAGGUCCAAUCGAAGAAAACAGUGUCAUCUCCUCUCGCUCACCCGGAUUUGAUCGAUUUUCGAGGUUAUCCCAGAAUUUGAGAGAAGAUAGUGACGCUGAUGCCGACGCAGAAGAGACCGCAGACGAAGAUAACACUGCGAGUGCUACUAGGGCUAGGAAAAAGAGACGUUUCAGGAGGACAAACUAUGAAAGUAUACAUGGAAGUCACACAGCGCCAACGACCCCAGGUUUCAACAUAGUGAAAAAUAGUAAAACUCCGAGAAGUGAUAGUCUAGCAACUUCAAAUUUUAGCCCAACUGCAAUUGAUGGAUCACUUGAACACCGUGGACAUUUCUCCGAGGGUGAAGGACAAGAUUGUUUGAAUAACAGGAGUGCGUGGAGGCGUGGUAGCCAGUGGAUCACAAACGGUCGUAAUUGUGGGCCAUCACUCGGCUCAGAAUCACAGCAAACAGAUUAUGGAGCUUCUCAUCGGCGGCCCAGCAAUUUUAGACGUGCUUUCAAUGGAUUAGGAGGGGGACAAAGUGAAGGCGAAACUUCAGUCCCAAAAAGGCCUUUCCUUGCAACAGAUCGUGCUACGACAUUUGGUGCCCAAAGAUGGCGCAUUAUCAGACAGGGCCUUAAGAUAUUGGGCCAGAAAAAAGAAGAGCACAAGGUGGACUAUCUCAAAUCAGCGGAGCUAAUGGCCGAAUUACGUGCAGGUGCUCCAGCUGCACUUAUACUUGCUAGUAUGGUCCAAAGAGAUGAGCAUGGGAAUAAGCGAAUCCCUGUGCUAUUAGAGCAGUUAAAACUACAGGUUACAGAUAGUAGGGCAAGUGUUGAGGAGAUUUCUGAUUCUGAACGUCAUCUUGUGUUCCAAAUAGCACUUGAAUACGGAAGUGGGAUAAAUCGCAUGAAAUGGAUCAUUCAUAGAUCACUUCGAGAUUUUGCGAAUCUGCAUUUAAGGUAUAAACUCCAAGCUGGAAGUGAUAAGUACAUUCAACUGCGAAGUGAUGUUGAUUCGAGACCGAAACAGCCAAGAUUUCCUAGAUCAGCAUUCCCUUACUUUAGAGGAGUUCGUGGCUUAGGUGACAGUGACGAUGACGAUGCUGAGCCAAUUCGUGGAGAUGACAUGACUGGUGAAGGUAUACUCAGCGAAACGGAGCGUAGAGAUAGAAAAAAGAGCCGACCAUCAGUUUUGAGUGCCCGGAGAAAAUCUAGUGCAAUUCUAUUUGAAUCCUACGGUAUUAUCAAUGGUGCACAACAAAUGAAGGUCUAUAAUGAGAGACAGCGUCGGAGAUUGGAACAAUAUUUGCAAGAGAUGAUUCGAUGGCUCAUUUUUAGAGCUGAUAGCAAUAGGUUGUGCCGUUUUUUGGAGCUAUCUGCGUUGGGAGUUCGUUUGGCCGCCGAAGGCAGCUAUCACGGCAAAGAAGGAUACCUUGUUAUCCAGUCUUCGAAGGGAAUAAAUAUGAGACGGUUCUUUAUUCCAAGCAAGGUCUUCUCCCGACACACCCCCAAAUGGUUCCUAGUGAGACAUAGCUAUAUUGUCUGCGUGGACUCUCCGGAAAAUAUGCAGAUUUGCGAUGUGUAUCUUGUGGAUCCGAAGUUUGAGGUUCUCCAAAAACGAAGGAAGCUCACAGGUCUCAAAGGUCAAUGUGCUGUUGAAAUAGCUGAAGCUGGAACUACGCACCCCCAACAUCAUACCCUAAAAUUCUUCAACUCUGAAAGAAAAGUCAAACUCUUAGCAAAGAAUGAGCGUCAAUUAAGACAGUUUGAAGAAUCAAUUGAUCAUAUGUUGAACACGACUCUCUGGUCAAAACCCAAUCGGUUUGGUAGUUAUGCUCCAGUACGAACCGGGAUAUUCGCCCAGUGGCUAGUCGAUGGUAGGGAUUACAUGUGGAAUGUAUCUCGUGCUAUCAGUAUGGCCAAAGAUGUAAUCUAUAUUCAUGAUUGGUGGCUUAGUCCGCAGCUCUAUAUGAGAAGACCUGCAGCAAUCAGCCAAAAGUGGCGUCUUGAUAGACUUUUGCAAAGAAAGGCUCGAGAAGGUGUUAAAAUAUUUAUUAUUAUCUAUCGGAACGUUGAAGCGGCCAUUCCAAUCGAUUCUGAAUUCACCAAGUUUUCUAUGCUAGAUCUGCACCCGAAUAUUUUUGUCCAACGGUCACCUAAUCAAUUCAAAAAAAAUCAAUUCUUCUAUGCCCACCACGAGAAAAUAUGCAUCGUAGAUCACAUAGUUGCCUUUGUCGGUGGAAUUGAUCUUUGUUUUGGACGCUGGGACACCCCUCAACAUUCAGUUGUUGACGAUAAGCCAACUGGAUUUGAACAAUCUGAUCUCCCUAAAGACGCUGAUCACUGUCAACUAUGGCCAGGCAAAGAUUAUUCAAACCCUCGAGUUCAGGAUUUCUUUCAGCUCAAUGAGCCAUAUGCCGAAAUGUACGACCGCUCAAAGACCCCCAGAAUGCCGUGGCAUGAUAUAUCUAUGCAGGUCGUGGGCCAGCCUGCAAGAGAUCUCACACGUCAUUUCGUCCAAAGGUGGAAUUAUGUUCUUCGCGGACGUAAACCCACUAGACCGACUCCUUUUCUUCUACCACCGCCUGAUUAUGACCCUGCGGAGCUUAGGAAUCUUGGUUUAACAGGAACAUGUGAAGUACAAAUCUUACGCUCUGCCUCAGACUGGUCUCUUGGCUUAACCGAAACAGAACAUAGCAUUAUGACGGCAUAUUGCAAGAUGAUUGAAGAGUCUGAACAUUAUGUAUACAUGGAAAAUCAAUUUUUCAUCAGUAGCUGUGAAACAAUGAAUGUUAAGAUCGUCAACAAAAUUGGAGACGCUAUCGUAGAGCGUGCAAUAAGAGCCCACCAGAAUAAUGAGAGUUGGAGGUGUAUGGUACUUAUCCCUCUAAUGCCUGGUUUCCAGAAUACAGUAGACGAGCCCGAAGGAACUAGUGUCAGACUUAUCAUGCAAUGUCAGUUCAGAAGCAUAUGUCGUGGUGAAGGCUCCAUAUUCGGCCGACUCCGAAAUCAAGGUAUCCAUCCACAAGACUUUGUACAAUUUUACAGCCUUAGGUCAUGGGGUCGUAUUGGCCCAAAAAAGAUGCUUGUAACUGAACAAUUGUAUAUCCACGCAAAAGCUAUUAUUGUCGACGAUCGAGUUGCUCUAAUAGGUUCAGCGAAUAUUAAUGAGCGGUCCAUGCUAGGAGUCAGAGAUUCUGAAUGUGCAGCAAUUGUUAGAGAUACGGAUAUGAUAUGGUCUACUAUGGACGGCCAGCCAUACCUAGUCGGUCGAUUCGCUCAUUCCUUACGUAUGCGCUUAAUGAGAGAGCAUUUGGGCCUAGACGUUGAUGACGUAAUGGAAGACGAAAUCCAUGCUGGAAUGAACGAUGAUGAGUUUAAGAUGAGAAUGGAUGCCAUUCAUGAUACGCCUGAGAAAAGAUGUGAAGAAGAAUGUCAAAGUAAAUCUCGUGAAUUAUCAGAGAAUUCAAACAGUCAAAUCGGCUCAAAUCACACACAUGCACCGGGCUGUGAAGGACAGAUACAAAGUAACAAAAACUCACCAAAAAUAUCUAGCUGUACGGCCCUGAAUAGUUCGAAUAGCGAAACAAAAAAAAAAGAUGCAAAGACUUCAACUGGUAUCGAUCGUAACUUGAUUAUUGAUGGCAAAAGCAAAUCAUGUUCACCUGAGCCUGCGACAAAAAGCAGGGAGAACCUUCAGCAACCUAGAAAAACAUAUCAAAAAGUCAACCAAAGCCAGUCUACCCUCAGCGAUAAAUCGGAUUCUGGUCACGGAGAAAUACCACCACUACCUGAAGCUUCAAAGCGCAUACUGAUGCAAAUGAGUUCUACUCAGUUCUCUCCAUCGCAAGGGCCCCAAAGAAUGGAUGAUUCUGACAUUGGUGGACUUCCUUCACAUUUAAAUUCAUCCAGUCAGCCUUCGAUUGAAAACACAAAUCCUUUGACGGCUGACAUAAAGCCUGCUGUUGUCAGUAAGGAUUGCAUGCGUGACCCUUUGAACGACAACUUCUUUGAGGAUACCUGGUGUCGAAUCGCAGAUAACAACACCAAAAUUUUCCGACGAGUUUUUAGGUGCAAUCCCGAUAGCGAGGUUCAAGCGUGGAGUGAAUACCGACAAUUUGUAGCAUAUGGAGUAAGAUUCUCUAAAGAACAAUCAGAUGAAGCCAAGACGAAUGAAGCUGAUGUGCCAAAUACUAAUGUGAAAAACAGACCGUCCAGCGGGGCUAGCUCGCCUGUUGCCCAAGAAGUCUUAAGGAAUAUAUCUGAGAAAAUUAUGCACGAGGUAAAUCUUGGUGAUCCUGCAAGAGAUAGUGUAAAUUCUUUCGAUAAGCCGAACCAUGAGGGUACUUGCCGAAGCGAUAUACAACACUGGAGCUCCCGAGUCGACGCUGAUGAUCCAAAUGAUGUUACAAAAGCAUCAAAUGAAGGAUCUUCAGCUUUAGAUCAGCAGCCUACGAAUGAGACUUUCCCUCCUCUCGAAAAUACGGCCUGUGAGCCUAAUCAUGAUACUGAAAAACCCAUCCCUACGGCGACUCGCAAAAUAACGCAUACGCCUACAAUUGCUACAGAGCGAAAUUUCACAGGCUCUGUAAGGACUAGCAAGCGCCGCCGCCGGACGACAAAGGGAAGUCGGAAGACUUUCUCAGCCAGUGAAGAACUCAUGAGCGUUGCAGAUUGUGAAGAGCUUUUGAGUCUAGUGCAGGGGACCCUGGUUAAUUUUCCGUAUGACUGGCUCGUUAAGGAAGAACUAAAUUCAAAUUGGCUUUACCAAGUGGAUCAAGUAGCGCCUCUACAGAUUUAG